AUGGCGGUCUUGUUGGAUCAGGCUUGGGUCAAGGUACAAGCCAAGACGUUCACGAAAUGGCUCAAUAACAAGAUAUCUGUCCGCAACGUCCAAGUCAACGAUCUGGUCAAGGACCUCUCAGACGGCAUUAUCCUCAUACAUCUCCUUGAGAUCCUGUCCCAAGAAUCGCUGGGCAGAUAUGCAGCUCGACCAAAGCUGCGAGUGCAACGGUUCGAAAAUGUCAAUAUAGCUCUGGAAUUUAUCAAGAGUCGAAAGAUACAGUUGACGAAUAUUGGAGCCGAGGAUAUUGUGGAUGGGAAUCGGAAGAUCAUUCUGGGUCUGAUAUGGACGUUGAUCUUACGAUUUACCAUUAGCGACAUCAACGAUCAGGGCUUGAGCGCGCGGGAAGGGCUACUCUUGUGGUGUCAGCGGAAGACGGCAUGCUACGACGAGGUGGAUGUACGGGACUUCUCUGGCAGUUGGAAUAAUGGCUUGGCUUUCUGUGCUCUGUUGGAUAUCCAUCGACCGGACCUGAUUGACUUCGACAAGCUGGAUAAGUCGGAUCAUCGCGGGAACAUGCAGCUGGCAUUUGAUAUUGCAUCGAAGGAGAUUGGGAUUCCGGAUCUGCUGGACGUUGAGGACGUUUGCGAUGUGGCCAAGCCCGACGAGCGAUCACUGAUGACAUAUAUCGCAUACUGGUUCCACGCCUUUUCGCAGAUGGACAGAGUAGAGAACGCUGGCCGCAGAGUGGAGAAGUUUGUAUCGAAUAUGAAUGGUGCUUGGGACAUGCAGAGCAACUUUGAGCGACGCAUGCGCGCUUUGUUGAAGCAGAUUGAGGAGCAACAGCAAGCAUGGAACUUGGCGAAGUUCAGUGGCUCAUACACCGAUGCCAAAGAGCAAAGUAGACAGUUCACGCUAUACAAACAGAAGGAGAAGAGAGACUGGGUGGCGGAGAAGAGUGAUUUGGCUGGAUUACUGGGCAACAUCAAGACGAAGCUGGCCACGUACAGACUCCUACCGUACGAACCACCCGCGGAGCUGAGUCUUGACUCGCUGGAGAAAGCAUGGCGCGAAUUGUUCGAAGCACAACGACUACGCAGCCAAAUCAUCAACAACACGAUCCGUGACAUCAAGAACAACCUCCGGCGAAGCUUCGCCGACAAAGCCAACGACUUUGCUCUCGCGCUCCAGACGAUCAGCAUGAGUAUUUCGGGACUCGAAGGCGAAGUGGAAGACCAGCUCUCUCACGCCAGUCAGAUAUCCAACAACCUCCCGCCACUAGAACAGUACCUCGACAUUAUCGCGAGACUGGACAAUCAGUGCCAAGAAGCCAAUAUCGAAGAGAACGACUUCACGACAUACACCUACGACGAACUCGCUUACGAACUCAGUCUCGUCAAAUCGAGCGUGCAGAAGAAGCUCGCCUUUCUGGAGAAUCAGAUGGUAGCCCGCAACAUGACGAACCUUACUCCCAUACAAUUGGAAGAAUUCGAGUCGGUCUUCCGCCACUUCGACCGCGACUUGUCAAAUAGCCUCCAAGAACUCGAGUUCUCCGCCGCCCUCGCCAGUCUUGGGCUUGUCUACGACGAGACAGAAAUGCACGACCGCUUCGCCGAAGUCGCUGGGCGAGGCGGCAGUGUGAGCUUCGAACAAUUCAUCCGGUUCAUGGUUGAUGUGACCGAGGAUCAAAACACCGCCGAGCAAGUCUUUGAGUCGUUCCGGGAGAUCGCAGAUGGGAAGCCGUAUGUUACGGAACUAGACCUCACGCACUCGCUCAUACCAGAAGAGAUUGUGAGGGAUCUAUGUCGGGAUAUGCCUGCGCAUCGGGGACCGGAUUUGCAAGAGGAUAGGGAGAUGGAGAAGUUUGAUUAUGUGCGGUUUAUGGAAAAGUUUGUUAGUGGGAGGCAGAGGGAGCAGGUGAAUGGUGGAUCGCAUCAUUGA